UCUGUCGUAAUAAUCCUGUCGUUUCGUGUAGGUCUGGGCAUCUAUGGCGACAGCAACAGCGAGUCUGAGGAGGAGCAGAACGAACACGUCCAAGCUCAGAACAACGACAGCGACGAAGAACUCAUAGAGACAUUAAGACGGCGACAACAAGCGUUCAAAAAGACGGAGGAGGAAAUCGAGGCACGGCUGGCGGAGGAGGAUGAGAGGGAAGAGCAACGUUACGAGGACCAUUAUGGAAAGCAACAGGAAAAUCAUACUGGUAAUACAAGCUGCAAGGACGCAGUUGAUGAAAAAGAAACGAUAAAUAAUCAAAGAGAAGCGUCUGAAACUUUGUCGAGCGCCGGGCAAAGUCCACAGCCGCCGCAGACCUUGCCCGCGGACACGGCCAAGGCCGCUGAGACACCUUCAGGGUCGGCGGACACCGAGUCGAGCAGCUCGGAGUCGACUAGCUCCGACUCGAGUCGCAACUCGUUGAAGAAGAAACGGACUAGCAAGGGCCGCGAUUACCGGAAGAGGAGGUCGAAGAGCCGAAGUCGGUCGAGACCGCGAAAGUCACGGUCCCGUUCCUCGGAGCGCGGCCGCAAACGGAAGUCAAGGUCUAGAUCGCUAAAGUCCUCGCGUAAAGAGUAUCGUUCAAGGUCUUCGAGCAAUUAUAGGUCCAGCAAAAAGCACCGAUCGAGAUCGCGUAACCGUAAGCGACGCCGAUCCCGCUCGAGGAGCUGUCGUAGAUCUAGAUCGGUCUCGACCGCGAGGAAACGGUCAAGGUCAAGGUCCAGGGGCAAGAGGAAGUCCCGAUCGCAUUCCCGCGGACGACGACGAAGCCGAUCGUACUCGAUUCGACGCAGCAAAUCGCGCGCACGCGAGAAACGGCGAAGCCGAUCGCGAUCCAGGGCCAGAGACCGGUCGCGGACACGAUCCAAGGAGCGGAAACGCUCCGAGUCUUACGUUUCCAGGAGCAAGAGGAGGUCGCGGUCGCGAUCGAGGGAUCAUAGAAAAUCGCGAUCAAGAUCAAGGCAGUCGAACCACCGGGACGGUAAGAAAUCGUCGUCGCAUCGAUACAGGAAUUGAACCUGAAGCCCCAACGUUCUAGCCAAGGUUGUAUAUACAUAUUCAUAUUAUAAUAACAUUUUCGAGAUAUUCGUACAGAAUAUUAAUAUUAAUAAUAAUAUUAAUAAUAAUAUUAAUAAUAAUAAUAAUAAUAAUAAAACAGAGACAGAGAAAGAGAGAAAGAGUGAGAGAGAGAGUGAGAGGCGAUACGAUUAUGGAUAUACAUUUUGUUCUACAAGAUAAAAGUACACGCGCGGAUAUCAAGAAAAGCGAUGGUUCUAGGCAAUUGUGAUUGUCUAUUUAAUGCAAAUUUUCCAUGCGUGUGUGUUCCCGAGCACCUUAAUAAAUGUCCGGUCGGAUUAGCUCGCUCUUUUCCAAUCUAACUAGGAGAACCUUAACUUGUAAUAGUCUUCAAGACAAUUUUGUAAUUAUAAAAUGAGAACACGUCAGAUUUUUACCUCCACAGUGCUACUUUGUGUGAACCCGACCAGAGUUUUUUUUCUUCUCUCUCCUUUGUUCGACUCGGCUCCAUGGCUCCCUCGGUUAUAUCUUAACUGCGCUACCCCUACCGAAACUAUUUCGUUUACCAUUCCAAAAAUACUCGAUUUCGGCGCGUUUCGCACGAUUCGAACUCCUUCACCAGCCGACUAAUUGAUUAUACGUAUACAAUGAUUGUUGCCUGUAAACGAAACUGACGAGGUACAAGACACGAGAAUUUUAUAAUCUGGGAACAGAAA